CAAGAAAGAAAGAUUCUAAUCAAUAUUCAUCAUGGCUUCCUUUCAAUCAUCUCUCACCAAUCCCAAACACAAAAGAAACCAUACUUCCCUAGAAGUUUUUCCAUUAUGGAACACAUUCAAAGCCAAAAACCUCUCUUUCCCAAACAAAAGACUUUCACCAAACCUAUCUUUGAAAAUAUCUUCAUGUCUUUCAAAUUUAGAGGACAACAAUAUUGAACUCCAACAAAAUGAUCAAGAAGAGAAAAAACCCCUUCAUGAGAUGUGGAGAGAAAUUCAAGGAUGUAACAAUUGGAAAGGUUUACUUGAUCCUAUGGAUUCUCAUCUAAGAAAAGAAAUCAUUCGUUAUGGUGAAUUUGCUCAAUCUUGUUAUGACUCAUUUGACUAUGAUCCUCAUUCAAAAUAUUGUGGUACUUGCAAGUAUCAACCAUCACACUUCUUUGACAAGAUCAACAUGUUGAAAAAAGGGUAUGAAAUGAAAAGAUACUUAUAUGCAACUUCAAAUAUCAACUUACCAAAUUUCUUCCAAAAAUCGAAAAUGAGCAAUGUAUGGAGCCAACACGCGAACUGGAUGGGGUAUGUAGCCGUAGCCACAGAUCCUGAAGAAAUAAAACGUCUAGGGAGACGUGACAUAGUGGUUGCAUGGCGUGGCACGGUGACUUACCUAGAAUGGAUCCAUGACCUACAAGACAUUUUACAUCCUGCUCAUUUUCGCGAUGAUCCUAACAUCAAGAUUGAGACAGGGUUCUUCGAUAUGUAUACUAAAAAAGAAAAUAAUUGUCACUAUGCUUCAUUUUCAGCCCGUGAACAAAUUUUAGCGGAGAUUAAUCGAUUAAUCGAAAAAUACCAAGGUGAAGAGCUAAGUAUUACUAUUACAGGACAUAGUCUUGGUGCAGCAUUGGCUUUGUUAAGUGCUUAUGACAUAGCUGAGAUGAAAUUGAAUAUUUUACAUAAUGGUAAGUCUAUUACAAAAAUUAUUCCUAUUAGUGUUUUUUCAUUUGCUGGACCUAGGGUUGGAAAUCUUAAAUUUAAAGAAAGAUGUGAAGAGCUUGGAAUUAAAGUUUUAAGAGUUAUAAAUGUGCAUGACAAAGUGCCAACAGUGCCUGGAAUUAUUACAAAUGAGAAAUUUCUAUUCCAAAAGCAAUUGGAAGAGAAAUUUUCAUUUGCUUGGAGUUAUGCUCAUGUAGGGACGGAGCUAGCCUUAGAUCAUCAUCGUUCUCCUUUUCUAAAGCCCAAUAGUGAUUUGGGCUGUGCACAUAACCUUGAGGCCCAUUUACAUCUUGUUGAUGGGUACCAUGGGAAGGUACGCGCUUUUCGCUCUGCCACGGGUAGGGAUGUUGCCCUUGUGAAUAAGGAUUCGAGUUUCUUGAAGGAGGAGUAUGGCGUGCCACCGUUUUGGUGGCAAGAUGAGAAUAAAGGCAUGGUGAGAACGAGCGAUGGGCAAUGGGUGUUGCCGGAGAGGCCUGUAAUUGAGGCCCAUCCACCCGAUACGGCCCAUCAUUUUCAACAAGUUCUUAAACUUGCGAGAGCUAGGCUAAAUUUACCAUAAUUAUU